UGUUCUCGCAGAGCAAGAGGCAUGAUAACGAGAUCGAAUUUGGCGGAGCAAUUGAGGGAGUAUCAGCUUCGAUCCAAGAAUGAUUGGGCCUCUGUUUCUCUUUUCUCCUCCAGUUCUAGUUUCGGCUCUUCAAGGGUGGAUGUUGUUGUCUUUGUCAUAUGGGAGCUUGUAAUUCUUGCUUUCUUGGUUUUCUCAGCAGUGUCUUUGUACUUCCGGCAUAUGCAGCUGGCCUUAAUCUUAAUCUGCAUCACUAUGCUGUUACUUCUAUGCAUGAAAAUUACAAAGCAAAUAAGAUUGGCCAGGAAAAAGAAGCGAAGGAUGCUUCUUCCAUUGUCGAUGUAGAGUCAAAGUUUGGUUGCGGAUUUUUCCCGCUUUCUCAUCCUAUCAUGUAGCCUGGGGGAAAGACUCGUUCAUUGAAUAGGUCCAUCACUAAUUGUUGACAAUCAUCAAGCUCAGGUUGGGUAUAAAUUGACAUGACAAAUUGAAAGUGCUCAUCAUUCUCACAUGAAACGAGAGAUUCGGAUUGAUGAUUACACAAGCAGCAAGGUGGAUAUUGGGGGCUUGUCCUCUCUCUGCAGCUAUUCCUUGUGUCUGCACAAGCAGUAACAGAGCGAUCUGUGGAAAAUAUAGGAAUGUAGGUAGAUGUAUGAGAACGAGCAUACGCUUUGACGAUGUAAGGUAUGGCUUUAUGAGGAUAUUUAUUUACAUUUCUCUGGAUG